ACUCCUUGGAACAGUAGUACUGUAUUGUGCUUUGAAGACAAUCCAGUUGUUAACUCUCCUUGGCCCCAUGAAGUAAUGUAAUCCACUGUAAAGUGGCAGAAUUUUUCGGUCACGCCAAAAAUCCGUCCAAUCUCGCUUCGAGUCGUUUGGGUACACGUUUAAACUUCGAGGCCUGCUUAGGUUAGCUUUAGCCGCUAACAAAGAGAACAUACAACGCGCUUGGGAUCAACACAUCGCCGAGCAACCAAACAUCAAGUCCCAAAAUGUCAGAUACCAGGACAUAGGUCACUUGAGGAAGAAGUCGAGUACUGACUUUAUUGUCAUUUCACUCUCGUAGUCGGCGUGAUGUCACGAUGACGUCAUCUUGCAUAGCAACGUGUCGCCAUUUUGAGAUGGGGGCACGCACAGAAAAACGUCUUAAACAUGACAUUAUUAUCACGAGUCACUGCCGACAAACGGGAGGAGACGAUACAACUUAAAAUUAGCGUGUAUUGUUCUGCAAAUCUGCCCAUACAAAGUCGGAGCUGAUAGCUGGAUAAACAAUCCAAAGGAAUUGCCAGCAGUGGAGUUCAGAAACAUCUACACCUACCUCAUAACGUCACCCAAUGUCAGUCAAGUGCAUCGUCAUGAACGCCAGGAGUCUGCUCGCAUGGAAGAAGAGGAACAGUCAGCAUACAUUAAGGUGGAGGAAGAAUUCUUCGGCAUCAAAGAGGAGCAGGAGGAGUAUUUCGUUAGAGUUGAGAGCCCCCACAUUGAGGAGCAGCAGCACCCUUAUCCCCUCAAAAAGGAGAAGGAGGACCCUUCAUAUGUUAAAGAGGAGGUGGUGGACGCCCCAUGGUGGACUGGUGAGCCCUUGAAGGGUGAAGAUGGAGGUCCGGGUGAGGCCAGAAGAGUGGCGGAGCCCCCAAGCGGCAGCAGCAGCAGUUCAACAGAAGGAUCCCAAGCAGACAACCUCAUUGCUCAACCAUCAGAUAGCUGCAACGCCAUAUCACACUUAUUGUUCUGUUUCAGAAAAUAUCUUGGUGCUGAGUGGCAGGAGCCAGAAUCGCCUGGUGUUAAAGAGGAUGUUGAGCUCCCCCAAAUCAAAGAGGAGGAGGAGCCAGAGCCCUCUCAACAGAAGGAACUUCCAAUCAAAAAGGAGGAGGAAGAGCUGCCAUGCGUUAAAGAGGAGGAAGGUAUCACCAGGUUGACUGAACCCUUGACGAGUGAAGAUUGUCCGAGUGAGGCUGGCAGAGGGGCGGAGCCUCCAAGCGGCAGCAGCAGCUCAACAGAAGGAUUGCAAGCAGACAUUUUCAUUGCUCCAUCAGAUAGACAUGGCGCCACGUUACACUCCUCUUACAAUGAUGGUGGUCAUAAUAAUUCUCACAGUGAAGACAAAUGCUCUCACUGUGGGAAAACCUUUGCUAAUAAGUAUACUUGUCGUAUACAUAUGAGGAGCCACACUGGUGAAAAACCUUUUGUCUGCUCAGUUUGUGGUCAAAGAUUCAGCCACAAAAGCACCUUAAAAGUUCACGCAAGGACCCACACGGGAGAAAAACCUUUUUCCUGCUCAGUUUGUGGGCAAAGAUUCAUUCGCAAGAGCCAGUUAAAAACACACACAAGAACCCAAACUAGCGAAAAACCUUUUGUCUGCUCAUAUUGUGGACAAAAAUUCAUUUGCAAAAGCCAGUUAAAAACACAUACUAGAACACACACUAGUGAAAAACCAUUUGUCUGCUCAUUUUGUGGCGAAGGAUUCAGUCGCAACAGCUCCUUAAAAAGACACACAAGAAUCCACACUGGAGAAAAACCUUUUUCCUGCUCAGAUAGUGGCCAAAGAUUCAAUUGCAAUACCAACUUUAAAAAAUACACAAGAACCCACACUGGAGAAAAACGUUUUUCCUGCUCAGUUUGUGGUCAGCGAUUUGCUCGUAAUGAACGCUUAACACAACACUCAAGAACCCACACUGGAGAAAAACCUUUUGUCUGCUCAGUUUGUGGCCGAAGAUUCAAUUGCAAUACCGACUUAAAAAAACACACAAGAACCCACACUGGAGAAAAACCUUUUUCCUGCUCAAUUUGUGGUCAACGGUUUGCUCGUAAUGAACGCUUAACACAACACUCAAGAACACACACUGGAGAAAAACCUUUUGUCUGCUCAAUUUGUGGCCGAAGAUUCAGUCUCAAGAGCAACCUAAAAAUACAUACAAGAACCCACACUGGCGAAAAACCUUUUUCCUGCUCAGUUUGUGGCCGAGGAUUCAGUCACGGGAGCGCCUUGAAAAGACACACAAGAACCCACCCUGGAGACAAACCUUUUCUUGCGAAUUUUGUGGAAAGCUUCACUCAAAAGCAAAGCUUAAAAACGCAACAACCCACACUGGAGAAAAACCUUUUGCCUUUUCAGUUUGUGGUCAAAAAUUCAGUCGCAAGUGCAACUUAAAAACACACACAGCGACCCCCACUGGAGAAAAACCUUUUGCGUGCUCCGUUUGUGGUAAAGAGUUAACUCAGAAGGCUAUGAUUAAGAAACACUUGUUUGUUGAUGUGAGAAGCAGUGGCCAAUGACUGUUUUGCCUGCCAUCCAUGCUUCUUCAUCUGAUUGUGCACGCAGUACAUUUGUAUUCUGUGGAGCUUCCUCAAAUACUGUUGAGGAUUGGCACAUAUGGUCCCUAACAUGUGCUUUGUCCAAUCCUUGUAUAAUGUGCAUCCACACUAUUGCUAGAAGUAUUGGCUCAGCGGAUUUAACUCUGUUAUAUGGCAUUAUUUAUUUAUUAGUCUGUCUCAUUUAUUUUAUACUCGCUGACUAACACUGAAUUGAUGAACAAAAAGACUGCUUCCGAAUGACCAGACUUGUCCAGUAGUUUCAAAAUGUUUUCUUACGUUUACAAAACUAAAAGUCCUCUGAAAGCAUUCCCCUUUUGGCUGCGUGUUGCGACUCCCAUCAUUUAGCGGUCAUGUGGACACGGCUUCGUUUUCUGCAUAAUGUGAUUUGAAUAAUUUUCUUUUUGACAUGAUUUUUUCUUGAUUUUUAUUAGUUGUGUUUAGCCUAUCAUUCAUUGGCAUCAUUUUAUAAGACUUGAUGGGAGGACCACUUCCAUUUUGUUGUACAUUAUAUGCAAUGACAAAGUCAGGAUUGUUUCCUUUUUGUUCCUGAUUUGUGCUGUUGUUCAUUAAGAGAAUAAAAGAACCUGUAAAAAGAAAAAAUCAACAUUGUUUCCCUUCUGGAAAUGUGACUUCCCUUAAAUUUUGGCACACUAUCGGCACUCUCAUUUUGGGAAAUAUAUUAUUCGCCUUUGAUCUUCGUUUGCAAAGUGUUUUUUUUUUCUUGGCUAUGAAUCAUUUAAUAAAGACUACAAGGAAGAAUUUCUUAAUUUGAUCUUAUUUUUGGCUAAAUUGUUCAUUCAUAAAUGCAAAUUGUCCAAAUCAAAACGUAAUUUUAUUUAAGAAAGAAAUUGCUCUAUAUAUGAAAUCUAUCAGGCUCUAAAAACAUUGUACUGUAUGUAGUACUGUAAUGUUUUUUUAUUAUUAUUAUUAAACCCCUCGAAUGUUUUACUUUGAAUCACUUUUAUUUUUUGUAGUUGUCUGGUCUUUGCCUUUUUGGCAAAGCCAAAAUGCCUUUCCAAUGGCAUUUCAUCAGGUUUUUUCAUUCUAUUGAUGCCAAUGUACUUAGAUUCCAUUGACACCUAUGUAAGUUGAUACCUAUGGAGGACCAGGAGUGCAAAAAUUCAAUAAAUAAAUACACAAAUA